GUUGUUUAAUUUACUCCAAAUUUCUACCAAUUAUUCUGAAAUGACCGAGACCGAUGCAACAAAGAGACCUCUUACAAUGCCUGAGAAAUUUCUGCCUUACCUCGAGAAACACAGAGUUUAUUUUCUUUUUAAGGACAUAGUAAGAGAUGUAGUCAUCAACUUGCCUAAGGACCACUUGAAACACAUGAAGGUGUUCCUCACUCAUCACGCCCACUGCAACAAGGAGCCUGAUAGAGUUAUACUACUUGUCUCGCCUAAACUUAAGAUAGAUAUCAAAAGACUAGUGAAAGAUAUGAUAAAAGACGUUGGUUUCUUCGUUAUCACACGUCGCUGUCUAAUGGAUCGUUACGAAAAGCAUGAUAACUACGUGCCAGGAUGUGUGUCGCCAGCACUCCUCUCCGAGGUGACGAAAACAAUGACCAUGAAGGACCCAGUACCUAACGUUGGAUGGCUGAUGUUUGAUCACCCCUGUACAGUGCGCGAGGCGCGUUGCCUGCAACAGGACGGCGUGCUGCCAAAGGUCACCCUAGUGCUGAUGCCGACUCCACCAUACGCGCCUCCGGCUGACGACCCUCGCACUCCAUAUAGAAACUUUUUUCAGCAGGAUUUCGAAGGUCUCAAGUUUGCUUAUGAAGCAUCGCUUAAAGAGGUCCACAUUGAUAAAGACGACGACCCGGAUAAGAUUGCAAUAAAAUGCUUCAAUGCGAUAAACACCUGCACAGCAGGACUGCAGGGUCCGAGGCAGGGACUCCACGUGGUGGGGGCUCCGGGCGUGUACCGGGUGCUGCUUAUCGGGCCAAGAGGUGCAGGCAGCAGAACGCAAGCGGUCACGCUGGCUAAGCAUUUUGGACUCAUUUAUUUGAAUUUCGCCGUCCUACUGGCUGAAGCUCGCGAGAAAAUGGACGAAAUAGGCGAGAAGUUGCGUAGCUACGGGCCCAGCGUGCAGCUGAAAGCGGAUAUAGUGAAACGACGUCUUUUGAAAAAGGACUGCAUUGAUAAUGGCUGGGUGAUGACAGGAUAUCCUUUGUCCGGGAUGGACUUUGAGCAUUUAGACAAUAUGACCACGCCUCCCAACCGAGUAAUAUUCUUGAACACGGACAUUGCGACGUGCAAAACCCGCGUGAUGUCUCAAGCCGUGGACUGGUGCACUGGACAGUCAGCGGCCCCCGGCUCAGGACCCAGAGUUAUGCACCACCCCGAUAACAACGAAGCACAACUGGAUGCAGAGUUAGACUACUACCACUCGGAGGCCUUGGCCGAGCUUCGUGCAGCUGCUGGGUUAACGGCGGUCGAGAUCAAUGCCAGCGAGCCAAUUGAGCAAGUACAAGUGAAGAUCCAGGCUGCGGUAAUGUCUGCCCCGGCAUUCGACAUAGAAUAUUGUUCACAGUUACGAAACGUACGAGCUGAUUAAUGUAUUAAUAAAAUUAAAAGGUCUGGACUGAAUAAAAAGAGGUUUUUAAUAAAAAAUCUUUUUUAUUAUGUACUCCUCCGUACUUCAAUUGAAAUAUUACUACAUAAUUAAUUAAUCUGCUAAUUAAGAACUAACAAUUCUGCAGUCUCAAAUUACAUACAUACAAUAAAGAACACUGAGGUAAGUCUCUACAGAGCAUAGAGAUCGAUCGAUUCAUCGAGAUGACAUAAAAACAAAUCGCGGAAGACGAUAGAAUCGAUAUUCAGACAGUCAUGGAUACAGGCAUUUGUGAUCCACACAAUGGAACUAUUGCUUCAAUAUUUAAAAUAAAAA